UUUCUGAAAUUUUCAGAACAUUUUCUGCAGCCCAUGCAUUUCAAUGGAAUACGGCGGUACCCUCUCCUUUUCAAUGUGACCAUCCCUUACCAUGAGAAGAUAACCAUGGCUGAACUGAGGCUGUAUACCCUGGUGGAAGAGGACAAAAUGCUCUACGAGGGACUUGAUAGAAAAGUCACCAUUUUUGAAGUGCUGGAGAGUCAUGGAGGAGGGAGAGGAGAAGAAGAGUGGGAGACGAAGGUGCUGGCGUCCAGACACAUUUACAGCACAGACAAUGAGUGGAAAACAUUUGAGGUCACGGAAGCUAUCAGGAGGCACCAUCGGUCUGAGACCACGACGCACCGGCUGGUGGUGCAGAUGGAGAACAGAGGGGGCUCGGACCCCAAUGGAGGAGGGAAGGUAGACAUAGACAUCACGUCAGAGAACAAGCACAAGCCUCUCCUGAUCGUGUUUUCGGACGACCAAAGCCACCACAAGAAGGAGGGGAAGGGUGAACUGAGCGAGAUGAUGGCCCAUGAGCAGAUGCAGGCGCUCCAGAGCGCGAAUGGCGUCCACCCCAGCCUCAGCGAGGAGAAGCUGCUGCAGAUGCGAUCCAACAUUAUCUACGACUCAACUUCCCGGACACGGAGGAAUGCCAAGGGGAGCAGCUGCAAGAAGACGUCACUCCAUGUGGAUUUCAAGGAAAUUGGCUGGGAUUCCUGGAUCAUCGCGCCGCCGGGGUAUGAUGCCUUCCAGUGCAAAGGAGCCUGCAGCUUCCCCCUGGAUGACCACCUGACGACCACCAACGCCAUGGCACGGACCUUGCUGCACCUGAAUGACCCCCAGAAGGCUUCUCCGGCAUGCUGUGUACCCACCAAGCUGGCCCCCAUCUCUUUGCUCUACCUGGAGAAGGGGGUUGUCACCUUCAAGCUAAACUAUGAGGAGAUGCUGGUGUCCGAAUGUGGGUGCAGAUAGUACAGGGGAGCUGCUUGCCACCUUUGGGGUCUCUGAGUAGUUAAUCGUCUCUCUGUAAAUGUGUACAGUGCCAAUUUGUACAGGUGUGAUCAGCUUAUGAGGUGUGUACAGACGCGCCGAGGUGCAGGAUGUGGGAGGCAUGGGGUGGGGAGUGCGGAGGGAGCCCAGAGGUAUGAUGGGUGGAUCCCCAUGGGGACUUCUCUGCUCAGCCACCCCAUAAAACAAACCACCUUGCCCAUGGAGAGCUGCCCCACGAAAAGGAUUCAGCCUUGCCAGACGCAGAUCCGUAGGCAGGAGAAAUGCCAAACCCCGGACCACUACUCCUGCAAUACGGUCCAGGAAGCACUUAAGCACUUGCUCCUGGUGACUGGUUGGAUGGCUGAGAGUUGAGUUUCCACCCUUGACGAUGCUCUUCCAAAGGAGAACUGGCAGGAUCUCUUGUGCAGGGAAGACAUCCUUUGUCAAGAUACCACGGAGAAUAAAGGACAUCAGUGCCUCAGUGAUGUGGUGUGUUUGGAGGAAAAGGACACAGCCAGGCUGACACCUGGGCAUGCAGGUUGGAUGUUGGCCCCCGCACCCCAUACACACAUGCACUUGUGAACACACACUUUGACUAAUGCACAAGGCGUUUAAAAGAGCUGUGUGCCUUCACUCUGUAACAGAUAGAAGACAGAUGCGUGUUGAGUCACGAGGAACCAACCUGUUUGCACCCGUUCCUCCAUGGCACCAGCCUUCCCCAGCCCAGCACCAUCCAGAAGUGCUGGACUACCAUUCCUAUCGUCCCAGCCAGCAUGCCCAAUGGGAGAGAUGGGAGUUGUAGUCAAACAUAUCUGGAGAAGGCCAACUCUGGGAAGCUCAAGAGAAGCCUCCUAGGCUGCCAGAGGCAAAGGUUCCCCCGGAGACCCAUCUGCCUUUUCAGCCAGGCCCAUCAGCUCCAGUGCCCAUUGUCCAGGGGCAGUCUGUCUGUAAGCUGUCACUGCCAUGGGGAGCUACAGGGUGCCGCACUCCAGAACCGUUAAAGGUGGCAUCUCCCUGACGGGUUGGGAAACAAAUGCCCGACUAGCUGGGUUCUCAGUCUGGUUUAGCAGGAUUCGGCUCUUUGGGAUGGUCUGUCUCCAUAGGGAUUGUCCAGGUGUGUAGUUUUAGGCUCACAAAGCUGCAGCUCCCAUGUGACCUCCUGCCACUUCAAGCAGAGCCGAAAUAUAUUUGGGGGAAGAGAGGAUUUUGCAAGUGCAGCUGGUCAUGUGCAGGUGAGGAAGGAUCCUCAGUUCGCGCCGCUACGAGAGUUCGCAUGUUCCCCUCGCCAUUUCAAGGUGAGUCUGGAAGGGCUUAAGCAUCUGUGGCACCAGCCUUCCCCAACCCAAGGGAAGGCUGGAUGGAGCCCAUUGGAAAGCCUACUCAGAAACCAUGUGCACAGAGGGAUAUUUCUGAUUUCUUCCCGCUUUGGAGGUGUGGUUCUGGCGACCGUGCACCAUAACAGCCAACAGCAUGAGGCCGACGGAAGAUCAGCAAGGACGCAUUUGGCCCUCUGAGACCAGACGUUCCCUGAGCAUCCUUUACAUGUCCGUUGAAAUUCCAGGGGGAAAUGUUACUCCCAAGCAAGAGGGAACACCCCCAGAAGCAGGAGGAAUGCUUCCUUCGUGCAGCUGUCAAUUCACAAGACCAUUUUUGCCCUGCUCACCACUUCAGUCACAUGUCAUGUUUCCACCACUCUUCUCCAACAAAUUGUUGUGAUAAGAAGGUGUCGGAGCUGCGGAACAAUAGCCUGAUGCUUUAUUUAUACUAAGCUGGAAAUUGGUCAGAUUCUUUGGAAAGUGUAGCUGACGCUGCCUCCCGUGCCCACUGCCCUGUCCCCUGCCUCUGUUUUACGCUUUUAAGGCAAGGCCGUCUUCCUGAAAGAGAUAACAGACUUGUCUUUGAGAAAACAGGCAAGGGAAUCUGCGCGAAAGAUGCGGACGAGGCUCGCACAGACCAGCCUCGUCUGUAUCCGUGCUGCCAUCUAUUUAUUGACCUAUUUAUUGACUCUUGUCUUGUAAUAUAGUGGAGAAUCCAAAACGUUUUAUUUUUGUGCAUUUGUAUCAAGUACACUCGGAUAACCCCUGUGCACGGACGCCUUGGCCGGCCAAUAGCGAUAGCUGAAAAAGUGCUAUGGACUUUCUGGGUCAUUUUCUUUGUAAAUAUAUUAUUUGUUGGCAAAUUAUAAUAAUAUAAUAUAAUAUAAUAUAAUAUAAUAUAAUAUAAUAAUA